GUGUACUUUAAUGUCUUGCGUGUGACACUAUUAAAAUCUAUUUUCUUUCUUCAAUUGAUUGGUUGCGAGAGUAAAACGUGGAAAUGGUGAAAAUUCGAUCUUCAGAGUAUCAUUAACGGUUAUCUAAAUUUAAAAUUCCCUUGAAAAAAUGCAUGGAUAGGAAUUUUUUGGAGGGAAUUUCUCAUAACAAAAAUUUCCGUCAGAUGGCCAUGAAGUGUUUUUUAUAAAAACAACGAAACGGGAUCCUUGUGAAAAUUUUCUUUUGAGUUAUUUUUGUGAGUUUUUAAGGAAAAUAACUCACUAAAAGUCUUCAAUUUAAGAUAAUUUCUAAUACUAAGCUCUAAAAUUAGUGAUCCCUUAUAAAAUUUUAUAGUGAACUUAGUGAAUUGUGAAAUAAAUGCCGAAAACCCGAAGAAGUUCUCCCCCGUGUCGCAAAUUAAACGCAAAAUGAGGAGACGAGGCCAGUCCAGUCUUUGAUUGAUUGACAGCGUAUACCAAGACGACAGCUUUUUAGAAGUACGGAAUUGGAAGUAAUGGCUCUUAAAAAGCUCAAGAGGCGAAGGGACCUGGGUCAGACCAAAACCAGAAAUUGAUUACCGUGUGUACUAAAAAGGGAGCCAAGCCCGGGCAUGAGUGUCGGACGAUCCGAUUGGUGCCAAUUUCGUUUAUCCGACUGGUAUCAAAUUGCUACGUAUAAAAAGCGACUUUUCCGUUUUCUCUGUUCAGAACGGCUUUCGAACGCCGAAGCUUCAGGGCUGAUUUUCGGUCACGUGUCUCUAAAAAGCCCCUCGUUUCUCUCUCUUGUUGAAGACAAAGUCUCAUAAACCGUCAACAUGCCGAAGGUUGUGAAACAGGAAGGUGAGGAUCCCGAUCCAACCCCAUACUUGUUCGUAUCACUCGAACAAAAGCGUAUCGAUCAGACGAAACCCUACGAUUCGAAGAAAAAUUGCUGGGUGCCCGAUGAGAAGGACGGUUAUCUCUUGGGUGAGAUUAAGGCUACCAAGGGUGACUUGGUCACCGUGGGCUUGCCCGGUGGAGAGAAAAACUUCAAGAAAGAUCAAUUAUCUCAAGUCAACCCACCUAAAUUCGAGAAAGUUGAAGAUAUGGCUGACCUUACCUAUCUCAAUGAAGCAUCUGUGCUUCAUAAUUUGAAGCAGCGUUACUACUACAAAUUGAUCUAUACCUACUCCGGUCUUUUCUGCGUCGCUAUCAAUCCUUACAAGCGUUUCCCCGUGUACACAUUGCGUUGCGCUAAGAUGUACCGUGGUAAGCGUCGUAAUGAGGUGCCACCCCAUAUUUUUGCCAUCUCUGACGGUGCCUACGUGGACAUGUUGACGAACCACCAGAAUCAGUCUAUGUUGAUUACCGGUGAAUCUGGUGCUGGAAAGACAGAAAACACGAAGAAGGUAAUUGCCUACUUCGCCACUGUCGGUGCUUCUGGCAAGAAGGAUGAUCCUACCAGCAAAAAGGGCAAUCUUGAAGAUCAGGUCGUGCAGACCAAUCCCGUCCUUGAAGCUUUCGGUAACGCCAAAACUGUGCGUAAUGACAACUCUUCCCGUUUCGGUAAAUUCAUCCGUAUCCACUUCGGUCCAACUGGAAAACUGGCUGGUGCUGAUAUCGAGACUUAUCUGUUGGAGAAAGCUCGUGUCAUUUCUCAGCAAGCUCUCGAACGGUCCUACCACAUUUUCUACCAAAUGAUGUCUGGAGCCGUCGAUGGGCUUAAAGCAUUGUGUUGUUUGUCAAACGACAUUUACGACUAUCAUAUAGUCUCUCAAGGGAAAACUACCAUCCCAAGUGUUGAUGACAAUGAAGAAAUGCUUGUUACCGACCAAGCUUUCGAUGUGCUGGGUUUCACGCAAGAGGAGAAGGACAACGUGUACAAGAUCACUGCUGCCGUCAUGCACAUGGGUGGCAUGAAGUUCAAGCAGAGGGGUCGCGAAGAACAGGCUGAAGCUGAUGGCAUGGAAGAGGGUGAACGUGUAGCCAAGUUGUUGGGUUGUGAUGUACAGGAUUUGUACAAGAACUUGCUGAAGCCCAAGAUUAAGGUCGGCAACGAGUUCGUGACCCAGGGUCGUAACAAGGAUCAAGUCACCAACUCCAUUGGUGCCCUCUGCAAGGGUAUCUUCGAUCGUCUCUUCAAGUGGCUGGUCAAGAAGUGUAACGAGACUCUGGACACCCAGCAGAAGCGUCAACACUUCAUUGGUGUACUGGAUAUUGCUGGUUUUGAGAUUUUCGACUACAACGGUUUUGAGCAACUUUGCAUCAAUUUUACAAAUGAAAAGUUGCAACAAUUCUUCAAUCACCACAUGUUUGUACUUGAACAAGAGGAGUACCAGCGUGAAGGCAUUGAAUGGACCUUCAUUGAUUUCGGAAUGGAUCUUCAAUCGUGUAUUGAACUUAUUGAAAAGCCUAUGGGUAUCUUGUCCAUUCUGGAAGAAGAAUCUAUGUUCCCGAAGGCCACUGAUCAGACCUUCGCUGAGAAGUUGAACACCAAUCACUUGGGCAAAUCUGCACCAUUCCAGAAGCCCAAACCACCAAAGCCCGGCUGCCAGGCUGCUCACUUUGCCAUUGGCCAUUAUGCUGGUGUUGUACCAUACAAUAUCACUGGCUGGCUUGAGAAGAAUAAGGAUCCACUUAAUGACACUGUCGUCGAUCAGUUGAAGAAGUCAUCCAACAAAUUGUUGGUUGAGAUCUUUGCCGACCAUCCAGGACAGUCUGGUGGUGGUGAACAGGCCAAGGGUGGUCGUGGUAAGAAGGGUGGUGGUUUCGCCACUGUAUCUUCCUCCUACAAGGAACAGCUGAACAACCUGAUGACCACACUGCGUUCCACUCAGCCUCACUUCGUCCGUUGCAUUAUUCCCAAUGAGUUGAAGCAGCCUGGUGUUAUUGAUUCUCACUUGGUGAUGCAUCAGCUCACCUGUAACGGUGUGCUUGAAGGUAUCCGUAUUUGCCGUAAAGGUUUCCCCAACAGGAUGGUGUACCCUGACUUCAAGCUCCGUUAUAUGAUUCUGGCACCGGCCAUUAUGACCGCAGAAAAAGAUCCAAAGACUGCUGCUGCUAAAUGCUUGGAAUCAAUUCAAUUGGAUCCAGAAAGCUAUCGAAUUGGUCAUACAAGGGUGUUCUUCCGUGCCGGAGUCUUGGGUCAGAUGGAAGAGUUGCGUGAUGAGCGUCUCAGCAAGAUCAUGACAUGGCUCCAAUCCUGGAUCCGUGGUUAUCUCUCACGUAAGGAAUUCCACAAGUUGCAGGAGCAACGUCUGGCCCUCCAAGUCGUACAGCGCAAUUUGCGCAAAUACUUGCAAUUGCGUACCUGGCCAUGGUACAAACUCUGGCAGAAAGUCAAGCCUCUUCUCAAUGUUACACGCAUUGAGGAUGAAAUUGCGAAACUUGAGGAGAAGGCCAAGAAAGCCGAAGAGGCCUUUGCCAAGGAAGAAAAAAUGCGUAAGGAAUUGGAAGCUCUCAAUUCGAAAUUGUUGGCUGAAAAGACAGCCCUUCUGGACUCUCUGUCCGGUGAGAAGGGACAGUUGUCUGAAUUCCAGGAGAAAUGUGCCAAAUUAACUGCCCAGAAGAAUGAUUUGGAUAAUCAAUUGCGGGACACUCAAGAGCGUUUGUCGCAAGAGGAAGAUGCUCGCAAUCAACUGUUCCAGGGUAAGAAGAAAUUGGAACAGGAAUUGUCUGGGCUUAAGAAGGAAAUUGAGGAUUUGGAAUUGAAUAAUCAGAAGUCUGAUCAGGAUAAGGCCACCAAAGAUCAUCAAAUUCGCAAUUUGAAUGAUGAGAUUGCCCAUCAGGAUGAGCUCAUUAAUAAAUUGAAUAAGGAAAAGAAGAUGCAGGGUGAAACAAACCAGAAGACUGCUGAGGAACUUCAAGCUGCCGAAGAUAAGAUCAAUCAUCUCAAUAAGGUUAAGGCGAAAUUGGAGCAGACCCUCGAUGAACUUGAGGAUUCCUUGGAGCGUGAAAAGAAGGUGCGCGGUGAUGUGGAGAAGAGCAAGAGGAAAGUCGAGGGAGAUCUUAAGCUCACCCAAGAAGCCGUUGCUGAUCUUGAGCGCAACAAAAAAGAACUCGAACAGACCAUUCAGCGCAAGGAUAAGGAAAUCUCUUCACUCACUGCCAAACUCGAAGAUGAACAAUCUGUGGUUAAUAAAUUGCAGAAGCAAAUCAAGGAACUCCAGUCACGCAUCGAAGAACUCGAAGAGGAAGUUGAGGCUGAACGUCAGGCUCGUGCUAAGGCUGAGAAGCAACGUGCUGAUUUGGCACGUGAACUCGAGGAAUUGGGUGAACGUCUGGAGGAAGCUGGUGGUGCUACAUCUGCCCAGAUUGAGCUCAAUAAGAAGCGUGAGGCUGAAUUGGCUAAACUGAGACGUGAUCUCGAGGAGGCUAACAUUCAGCAUGAGAGCACCCUGGCUAAUCUCCGCAAGAAGCACAAUGAUGCCGUGGCUGAGAUGGCUGAACAGGUCGACCAAUUGAACAAACUCAAGGCUAAGGCUGAAAAGGAGAAGGCUCAGUACUUCAGUGAAGUGAACGAACUCAGACACAGUGUUGAUCAUAUUUCUAACGAAAAGGCUGCCCAAGAAAAGAUCGCCAAGCAAUUGUCCCACACACUCAAUGAAGUUCAAGGCAAACUUGAUGAGACCAACCGCACACUCAAUGACUUCGAUGCCGCCAAGAAGAAGCUGUCCAUUGAAAACUCUGAUCUUCUGCGUCAACUGGAAGAGGCUGAAUCCCAGGUGUCACAGUUGUCCAAGAUCAAGAUCUCCCUGACCACUCAGCUUGAGGAUACCAAGCGUCUGGCUGAUGAGGAGAGCCGCGAACGUGCCACCCUUUUGGGCAAAUUCCGCAAUCUUGAGCACGAUCUUGACAAUCUCCGUGAACAGGUUGAGGAAGAGGCUGAGGGUAAGGCUGAUCUUCAGCGUCAACUCAGCAAGGCCAAUGCUGAAUCUCAGCUGUGGCGCUCCAAGUACGAGUCCGAUGGUGUGGCUCGUUCUGAGGAACUUGAGGAGGCCAAGAGGAAGUUGCAGGCUCGUCUGGCUGAGGCUGAGGAGACCAUUGAGUCCCUCAACCAGAAGGUUGUGGCUCUUGAGAAGACCAAACAGCGUCUGGCCACUGAAGUUGAAGAUCUCCAACUCGAAGUGGACCGUGCCAAUGCCAUUGCCAGUGCUGCCGAGAAGAAACAGAAGGCCUUUGAUAAGAUCAUUGGCGAAUGGAAACUCAAGGUUGAUGAUCUGGCUGCUGAGCUUGAUGCUUCCCAGAAGGAAUGCCGCAACUACUCCACCGAACUCUUCCGCCUCAAGGGUGCCUAUGAGGAAGGUCAGGAGCAGCUUGAGGCUGUCCGUCGUGAGAACAAGAAUCUCGCUGAUGAAGUUAAGGAUCUCCUUGAUCAGAUUGGUGAGGGUGGACGCAACAUUCAUGAAAUUGAGAAGGCACGCAAGCGUCUCGAGGCUGAGAAGGAUGAACUCCAGGCUGCCCUCGAGGAGGCUGAGGCUGCUCUCGAACAGGAAGAGAACAAGGUGCUCAGGGCUCAGCUUGAACUGUCCCAGGUGCGCCAAGAAAUUGACCGUCGCAUCCAGGAGAAGGAGGAAGAAUUCGAAAAUACACGCAAGAACCACCAGCGCGCUCUUGACUCCAUGCAAGCUUCCCUCGAAGCCGAAGCCAAGGGUAAGGCUGAGGCGCUCCGCAUGAAGAAGAAGCUUGAAGCUGAUAUCAAUGAAUUGGAAAUUGCUCUGGAUCAUGCUAAUAAGGCCAAUGCCGAAGCCCAGAAGAACAUCAAGCGAUACCAGCAACAGCUUAAGGAUGUCCAGACCGCCCUGGAGGAAGAACAGCGCGCCCGCGAUGAGGCCCGUGAGCAACUUGGAAUCUCUGAGCGUCGUGCCAAUGCCCUGCAGAAUGAACUUGAGGAGUCUCGUACGCUGCUGGAGCAGGCUGACCGUGGUCGCCGACAGGCUGAGCAGGAAUUGGGUGAUGCCCAUGAGCAGCUCAAUGAACUGUCCGCCCAGAAUGCCUCAAUCUCUGCCGCCAAGAGGAAACUCGAGUCUGAGCUGCAGACACUGCACUCUGAUCUCGAUGAGCUGCUGAAUGAGGCCAAGAACAGCGAAGAGAAGGCCAAGAAGGCCAUGGUUGAUGCUGCACGUCUUGCCGAUGAGCUGCGUGCUGAGCAAGAUCAUGCCCAGACACAGGAGAAACUGCGAAAGGCCCUUGAGACACAGAUUAAGGAGCUGCAGAUUCGUCUGGAUGAAGCUGAGGCCAAUGCCCUCAAGGGUGGCAAGAAGGCCAUUCAGAAAUUGGAACAGCGCGUGCGUGAGUUGGAGAAUGAAUUGGAUGGUGAACAGAGGCGACAUGCCGAUGCCCAGAAGAAUCUCCGCAAGUCCGAGCGUCGCAUCAAGGAGCUCACGUUCCAGUCUGAGGAGGACCGCAAGAAUCACGAACGUAUGCAAGAUCUGGUUGAUAAACUGCAGCAGAAGAUUAAGACGUACAAGAGGCAGAUUGAGGAGGCCGAAGAAAUUGCCGCACUCAACUUGGCCAAAUUCCGCAAGGCACAGCAGGAGCUCGAGGAGGCUGAAGAGCGUGCCGACCUCGCCGAGCAGGCCAUCAACAAAUUCCGUACGAAAGGUGGACGUGCCGGAUCUGUUGGUCGAGGAGCUAGCCCCGCGCCCCGAGCAUCAGCACGACCUUUCGACGGACUGGCUUUCCCACCUAGAUUCGACCUUGCUCCAGAAAAUGACUUCUAAAAACCAUCAGAAUGUAAAAGAACAAAAAAAAAAUACUGCGGAAUUUAAAUCUCUAUUCUUAACUAUUUUUAUUUAUUUAAAAGAAAAAAAAGAGAAACAUCUAUUCACAAAAAAAAUGCACAAAAAAAGAGACACAAGCAAUGGACAAAAAAAAAACAAAUUUUUCUUUCUUUUAUUUUGUAAAGUGCCAUUUCUGUUUUUAAAACAAUUUUUUAAGUUAAAUACUUCUAUGUCCAGAAAAUUAUGCAGUCAAAAAAUGUGUUGAAAAAAAGAGAGAAAAAAAAAUAUUGUAAAGAAUUGUAAUGCGAUUUUCCAGCACCGCGAUAAGGUAAAAGAAAAAGGAACAUCCCAUUUAGGCGGAUUUUUUUUCGGAAUCUCAAGUGGCACUUCCCGUGAGGAUAAACAACACCAAAGACACAGAGAAAGAGAUGCCAAAGAGACACGUGAAACGGCGACAUACAAAAAAAAAGACGCGGAAACCGACGAAAAAGAAAAAAAAGGAGCCACUGAAGGGCGACGAAAAACCGUUAAAUGGAGAUGCCGGAGGUGUUGGAAAAAUGGAAACAAUUGAUGAAAAAAGAAUUAACAUUGUUUAAAAGUGUAUUUAAUUUAUAAUACAUUAUACAUUAUGAAUACAAUGA